AGAUUAUCCAACUUGGUCGCAUACCUGGUUGGGAAAAUUCUGAAAUGGGCAACCAAUAAUAGCAUAGCAGCCAUUUGAAUAAUUUCUCCAAAAAGCCCUUCUUACUCCGUUGAAUUCCCAUUUUCUACCACUCCUCUCUAUCUAUACAUUUACAUACAUGAAUUGAAUUGAGGUAGCUCUCUCUCUCUCUCUCUAGGGCUAAAUGGUGGAACCGGUGGCUGUGGAGGGCGAUCGGGAGUGGUCCGAGGAGGAACUUCUAUUGCCGGAUCUCAACAACGCCGCCGACCGCGACUGGCGCUUGAACUUCGACAGCUUUCAGUUAUCAGAGCUCAAAGAAAAGCCGCCUCCUCGUGGCCUCCAUCACUCAUGUCUCGGCGUUUUACGUCCAGAAGAUAAUGUGGCUGGGUAUUAUCAGCAGCAGGUGGAAAUGCUGGAAGGCUUUAAUGAAAUGGAUGCUUUAGCACAGCGUGGGUUUCUCAUAGGAAUGUCAAAGGAAGAUAAGGAAAAGUUGGCUAGAAGUGAAACAACAGCCAUUAGAUUAUCAAAUGUUGCAAACAUGAUUCUUUUUGCUGCUAAAGUUUAUGCAUCUGUCAGGAGUGGUUCAUUAGCCAUUAUUGCGUCCACGUUGGACUCACUUCUUGAUCUUCUGUCGGGUUUUAUCCUGUGGUUUACAGCAUUUUCCAUGCAGACACCAAAUCCAUAUCAAUAUCCAAUUGGAAAGAAACGCAUGCAGCCAUUGGGAAUCCUUGUUUUUGCUUCUGUUAUGGCAACUCUGGGAUUGCAGAUCAUCUUGGAAUCUGUGCGCACACUAAUAUCUGUAGAUAGUGAGUUCAACUUGACCGAUGAGCAAGAGCGAUUGGUUGUUGGGAUUAUGCUGUCCGUGACACUCGUAAAACUCUUUCUGGUUGUGUAUUGCCGCUCUUUUACCAAUGAGAUUGUCAAAGCUUACGCACAGGAUCACUUUUUUGAUGUUAUCACCAACAUCAUCGGCCUUAUUGCUGCACUACUGGCCAAGUAUAAUAGUGAUUGGAUGGACCCUGUUGGAGCUAUCAUUUUGGCCUUGUACACGAUCCGCACAUGGUCAUUAACCGUGUUGGAGAAUGUCAACUCCCUAGUUGGAAAAUCAGCUGCACCAAAAUAUUUGCAGAAGCUUACAUACCUCUGUUGGAACCACCACAAGGCCAUAAGGCACAUUGACACAGUCCGUGCUUACACGUUUGGGUCCCACUAUUUCGUUGAGGUUGACAUCGUCCUCCCAGCAAGCAUGCCCUUGCAAGAGGCCCAUGAUAUCGGAGAGGCUUUGCAAGAGAAACUCGAACUCCUUCCAGAGAUUGAGCGUGCUUUUGUUCAUCUUGAUUAUGAGUACACUCAUAAACCUGAGCAUGCACAAGCACAUCUGUAGUGCUAAUAAAAUAUGAAACUUUUCCAAUAACUAUUGUAAGUUGGAGAAUUCUAUUAUACACAAACCAUAUCAUAUGCACAUUUAGUUACAUUAUUUUUUUUUUUUAAUUAUGACUAAUAUUCUUUUUUAGUUACAA